GGGGGUGAUCCAGAAGCUCCAACAGAAAUUGAGUGGGAAUCAAUGGAAAUAUACAGAAAGUUCAUCGUCACUGAGAAUGCAAUCGAUGGAGGGGAGGACGUAGAUCAUCCAUUUGAAGUUGGUGAUUGCGUUUCCAUACUUCCUUCUGACCCUCCAGCUGGCUACGGAAUAGAAGACGGACCUGCUCUGCCUAUCGAGGCAAUGUGGCUUGGUUUCAUCAAGGAUAUCCGGAUGCGGUACGAGGGAGGAGAGCAGGAAGCUUGGUCUCGUGUUCAAUGGUUCUUUUCAGGAGCCGACGUUGGGAAUACUGUACAAAACUUGUAGGGAAAUGUACCGUUCAGUGGAGUUUGAACUAACCAGUGUCAUGAAACAGUGAUAUAAGCCAUCUAGGCGAGAACGAAAGACUGUU